UCUCUCUCGAUCAUAGUUUUUUUUGUUCUUCUUCCUAUAAUACCCUCAAAUCUCAUCCUAAUUCCCUCGAUAUCCCCAUCCUCAUCCCCUUCUCUUCCAUUCUGUUUCUAGGGCUCUCUCUCUCUCUCUCUCUCUCUCUCUCUCUCAGCCAUGGGAUAUGAAAACGAUCCAUACCGCGACGAAGAUGGCGAGCUUCUCAUGGAUCCCGACGCUCCGUCCGAUCGCGAGGCGUCGCCGGAACCCUACGUCCCCGACGCCAUCGACGAUGACGACGAUGACUGGCAGCGCGGCCGGUCGCCGACGCCCGUCCACGACUCCGCGGCCGAGGACGCGUCGCCGCCGUCGAAGGCCAAGCCAAGGAAGCGGCUUGUAAAGAAGGGCGGUGGUGACGCGCGGGAGAGCGCGCCCGAUCUUGAGGACGACGGGGAUUUCGGGAAGGCAGCGGCAAUUGUGGGGGAGGAUUCGGAAGAGGAUAGGGUGUCUUCCCCGAGGAAGAGGAAGAAGGAGAAGGAUGGAGGGAGUAGGAAAAAGGAGAAGAGGCCAAAGAAGGAUAAGGGAUCAAAGUCGUUUUCGAAGGGGGGUGGGUCCAGGCAUCAUCAAAGUGGCGAUCCGGAGAUGAAGGAGAUGUGGGACACGAUUGCUGGAGGUGAUUCUGAGGAUGAUCAGGAGGGUGUUAGAACUUUGGAUGAUAAUGAUUUUAUUGAUGAUACUGGUGUUGAUCCUGCUGAUCGAUUCGGUAGUGAUAAUGAACCAGGUUCUCCAGGUCAUGCUCCACAGGCAGAGGAGGGUGAGGAAGACGAUGAAAUCAAACAGCUCUUCCAGGUGGGUAAGAAAAAGAAGAAAAAUGAGAAAACAGCUGCAGAAAUUGCUUUGCUGGUAGAGCAUCUUAUGGCGGAGCUUGAGGUUACAGCUGAAGAAGAUGCAGAUCUAAAUAGGCAGAGCAAACCAGCUAUUAAUAAACUCAAGAAGUUGCCACUGCUAACUGAGGUUCUUUCAAAGAGGCAGCUUCAACAAGAGUUUUUAGAUCAUGGAGUACUGACUCUUUUAAAGAAUUGGCUUGAACCACUUCCCGAUGGAAGCUUACCCAAUAUGAAUAUCAGAACUGCCAUAUUGAAGAUCUUGACCGAUUUUCCAAUUGAUUUAGAGCAGUAUGACAGGAGAGAGCAGCUUAAAAAGAGUGGCCUUGGGAAGGUUAUCAUGUUUUUAUCAAGAACUGAUGAGGAGACCACAUCAAAUAGAAGACUUGCUAAAGAUUUGGUUGACAAAUGGAGCCGCCCUAUUUUCAAUAAGAGCACUCGGUUUGAAGACAUGAGAACCUAUGACGACGAGAAAGUUCCUUACCGAAGGCCAUCUUCAAAGAAGCCUGUAGCAAAAGCUGCAGGAUUGGAAUCUAGAGAUGAUGAUCUUGAUUUAGCUGAAUUUUCUCAGGAACCAAAGUCUAGCCAGUCAUCUUCCAAGCAACAUGCUUCCAGGCCGGAAGCCUUGCCUUUGGAUUUCUUAGUGCGCCCUCAAUCGAAGAUUGAUCCUGAUGUAAUUCGAGCACGGGCUAAACAAGUCAUACAAGAUCAGCGCCGUCUGAAGAUGAAUAAGAAGUUGCAGCAGUUGAAAGCACCAAAGAAGAAGCAGCUUCAGGCAACAAAACUCAGUGUGGAGGGUCGUGGCAUGGUCAAGUUUUUCUAGCCACCACCUAUGAUUGAAGAACAGCAAUGGGUGUGACUUCAAGACUAUGAGCUGCUUUCAUUGAGAAUGGAGAUUGAUAAUCCGGGGUGCUGAAUUGGGUUAAGGUUAUGUGCCAAGGGCCAUCACCGAUGUAUUAUUGGACAUUGGCUCCUUAUCCAGUGGGUUAAACAUUUCAUUGGCUCUGUUGGAUUCGUGUGCUAAUGAACCUUUUUGCUUAUUAGCUGCAGGAGGGGCUUCCUACCCUUUAUAUUGUUUUUUGGAAAUUCUGUUUCCUCUUUUUAGUUUAUGCAUUUUUCCAUUAUCCUCUCAAAAAGAAGUAGAAGAAGAAGAAGAAAAGAACAAAAAAGAAAAGACUAUGGGCCUUUUUUGCACGGAUGGUUGAGAUCUGUGUGUGCAUGAUAGAGCUGUUUUCUAAAAUGAGUUUUUAGUGUAUAGUUCAUUUGUGUGUCCAUAACUCUUUGAUUUACAUAAUUGUAAAUGAUUGUCAUUA